AUGGAGCAGGAAUUAGAUCGUGAUACUUCCCUUGAUAAUUCAUAUCCAGAUGAAAUGUUAAAUUUAGCAAAUAAUCAAAUUGAUGAAGUAAUGUCAAGUGCAUUGCAUUCUUUAACACGUAUUCUUUCAUCACCAUGCAUUUCUCUUACAACAACUACAACUACAGCAAGUUCAUCACCAUCAUCACCUUUUCGAAAUCCAUCAACAAUUUCAACACCCAACUGUUCUCUUCAACCCAAUGUGACAAUAAGAUGUCGAUCAUCAAGUCGAAAUAAUAGACGUGAAAGAGAAGUUCCUUUUCAUCAUACAAUACCACGUUGUUCAUUACCAGCUACGAAGAAUGAUCUUGUUCAAUAUCAUCAAUCACAUGUAUUAACAUCUCAAAAAAUUAAUCAUACACGAUGUCGAUCUUCUCAUAAUGUUAAUAGAACGUUUGAUAUUCAAUAUUCAUUUAGUUUAAAUAAACCAUGGUUAACCCAAAUCGAUAAAGAACGUCAUAAUUUAAUUAGUAUACAAAAUUUUGCUAACGAAUUAAUUGAACAUUCCAUUCGAACUGCUUUACUUCAGAUUGAUUAUCAGAAUAUAACUGAUGAGAGUACAUCUAUUUAUGACGAUGAUACAUCUUGUGUUCUAUUCGAUUGUUCACCAUCUUAUGUUCCCAUCGAACGUUUUCAAAUAAUAAAUACUUAUAUUGAUCAAUUUGUUCAUUUAACUAUUAAACAAUCCAUUGAAGAUAUAACUUUUUCGAAUGAUCAUUCUAUUGAACAUCUAUCAAAUCGUCUUACAGAAAAUGUAAUAAGUGAUGCUUUAUUAAUUUUAACAAAUGAUGAAGCCAAUUCAUCAACAUUAAUUUUAACUGAUGAUGAAAAAAAUUCAAGAAAAAGUAAACGAAGAUCAACAGGAAAUAUACGUUUAAUAAAUAAUGAAAAUAAUGAAUCACAACCGAGUUUAUUUCAACAAAUACGACAUCGUUCAUCAUCAGCAUUACGUUCCUUAUCAACUAACCACAUUAAACGUGAUACAGUUGAUUCUAUUGUAAAUAAUUUAACUCAACAAAUCUAUAUCGAUUCAUUCGAUGAAUUACGACGGUAA